GGCGGCGGCGGUGAGGCGAGGCGGAGGAGGAUAGUGUGCGGUGGCGGGUGCAGGCAGGUAGAGGUGUGAGAGCGGCGAGGUACUGAGGGGGAGCCGGGCCGGUGGGCCGCCGCCGCCGCCAUGCAGGAAAUCAUCGCCAGCGUGGACCAUAUCAAGUUCGACUUGGAGAUCGCGGUGGAGCAGCAGCUCGGGGCGCAGCCGCUGCCCUUCCCCGGCAUGGACAAAUCGGGGGCUGCUGUCUGCGAAUUCUUUUUGAAAGCGGCCUGUGGCAAAGGAGGCAUGUGCCCAUUCCGCCACAUUAGCGGCGAGAAGACAGUGGUGUGCAAACACUGGCUGCGGGGGCUGUGUAAGAAGGGGGACCAGUGCGAGUUCCUGCACGAGUAUGACAUGACCAAGAUGCCUGAGUGUUAUUUCUACUCAAAGUUCGGAGAGUGCAGCAACAAGGAGUGCCCCUUCCUGCACAUCGACCCCGAGUCCAAGAUCAAGGACUGCCCUUGGUACGACCGUGGCUUCUGCAAGCACGGUCCCCUGUGUAGGCACCGGCACACGCGGAGAGUCAUCUGUGUGAAUUACCUGGUGGGAUUCUGCCCAGAGGGGCCCUCGUGUAAAUUCAUGCACACUCUCCCCAGGUCUCAGCCAGGUGUGGCAGAGCUGGGUCUGAGCCCAGGUGUGUCAGUUCUGUUCUCCCCACUGUCCUGUGGCCUCGGGGGCAGAGAUGAGCCAACAGCCACGCCAUGUCCAGCCCUCGAUUUGAACUGCCGAUGGGAACCACCGAGCAGCCCCCACUGCCGCAGCAGACGCAGCCUCCGACAAAGCAGAGAACCCCGCAGGUCAUCGGGGUCAUGCAGAGUCAAAACAGCAGUGCAGGCAACCGGGGACCCCGGCCGUUGGAGCAGGUCACCUGUUACAAGUGUGGUGAAAAAGGACACUACGCCAACAGAUGCACCAAAGGGCAUUUGGCCUUUCUCAGUGGACAGUGACAGCAGCUGGAGCCAGCUCAAAGCAGCCCAAGGGCCCUGUUGUUGGGGACCACUCCAGGCCAUCCUUGGGAGCGUGCAUUUAACUGUUUAAUGCCAGUGUUGGUGUAACUCUGGCUGGAGCUGACAGGCAGGCACACUGGGGUUUAUCAUACUGAGGGGCUACGUCAGUUUCCCUAUCAUUUUGCUGUAUUUUAUUUUUUUUAAAUGGGACAUGUACCCCAGCUCUGUCCCAAGUCAGCAUCAUGUUUGUCUAGGCAUCAACACUUCCUGUCUGGAACUCCCUGACCACCACCCUCUGGGGAGGGGAGGAAGUUGUGGGGAAGGGCUUAUGCUAAGCACUUGUGUGUGAAAGACAGCCCUUCCCCUUGGGGCCUCAUUAAACACCAGUUCUCAGUGACUCCAGGGGCUGGUGGAUCAUUAAAACUGUGGCCAGGUCAUGCCUGCUUCCUCCAUGUCCUGCUGAAUUCAGAAGCUGUGCCUAUCAAUGUGAUUUGAACGAGGCAGCCCUUCAGGGCAAACUCAAGUGAGCUUGUUGCUUAGCCUGGCCCUGCUCCAAGGUGGCAGCAAUUGAGGGGUGCAAGGCUCUCAUGUGUGAGGGUCUUUUUCCUCUGGGCUUAUUUUCUUGGGGUACCUGCUUGACAGUGUUUAAGGUAUACCUUCAGCUGGAGCUGCAGACCACACUUUAGAUGACGCAGUCCCUCUCUGCACCUACCUCCUGCCCCAUCAAGUGUCUAGACUAUCAGACAACUUUGGCCUAUGGAGACCACCCUGUCCUGAGCCUGGAAAUGUGAAACCAUCACCUGGAACCUGCUGGGCAAGUGGGCCUAUCCAAGUUCAAUUACAAGGACAAUUUUUAUGAAGUUGAUUAAAGCUUGUUUUUUAA